AUGGAAAAGGGAGGAACGUCAGCUACAGGUGAAAGGCAAGGCGCAAAUCAGCGACGAAAUGGUCCAAGCGGAGAAGACAACUACAGGGAAGGUUCGGUACAUACUUCCGACACGAAAACUGCUGCAGAGGAGGAAAAAACUCAUGAAGAGUUGGAGGAAAACGUUGAAGAAAAACACAUGACGCUGGAACAACUAAGAGAGUCGCUUCGUCUUGAACAAAAACGAGACAGAAAUUUAGCAGAGCAACAUGCUAGGUUAGCAAGGCAAAACGCUAGGAUAAUGUUGAACAACGACCAACUUAAUGAGGAACUAGCGGCAGACAUUGUAGACUUGGAAGGAAACACGAUGUUGUCAGAGGAUGAGGAACCAUUGCCAAAGAGACUAGACUGCGAGGAUGAUGGAGGAGAGCGGCGACGAAGAAGACAACAGGAAGAUAGUGAAGAACGAGAUCUGAGGAGCGCGCUAGAGGCAACAAGAUGGGAAGAUCAAAGACGAAGAUACGAGGAAGAAAGGAGAAACGCGGAUGAAUUAAGGAGAGAGGAGGAAACGCGACUUGACGAAAUCGAGAGGCAUCAAGAAGAAAUUAGGCGAGGUGAGGGAAGACCUAGCUUGAUGAGAGGUGGUCAUAACGAAGGAAACGGGAGGAACCCGAAUCAGGAGAUCAUGAACGAGCUACGGGAAAUGAGGUUCAUGAUUAGCAACUCGGAGAGAGGAGGAAGAGCGCAAUUGGCAGAAGCAAUCUAA